AUGAAACCAUCAAUCGCCUUCGGCACUUCCAAACAAACCGCACGCAAGCCAGUACCAACCUCACACAGCGAACCGACCAGAAAGGAUGUCCAAGGAAUGCUACUAGCCAUGGAGCCGCAAUUGAUCAAGGCCAGAAAUGACUACGCGACCGCAGAAGACCAAGUCAAAACACAUGCUUGGAAGUACGGAGCUCAGAAAGAAAAGGCGGCUGCUAAGGCAAAUAAAGAGAAGUGUGCGACCGUUUUGGAUAAUACCGUUAAGACACAUGCGAGACUUGUUGAGCUUCUUUCUACGCCUGGAAGACUCAAGGGAUAA